AAAGCACCGGCCUCAGUCUUUGCUGCCAUCAAUGCCAUUACUUCCUGUUUCCCAAAUGUGUUCAUGGUCAGCAAGACUGUGGAUGUGGUCUACGCUGGAUGGACACGUGUACAGGCUGAUCUUAACUGUAUGGCUGAUCUCUAUAACACCAGUACAAACUGGAAAUACUUCAUCAACCUCUGUGGUCAGGAUUUCCCUCUAAAAACUAACUUGGAAAUUGUGCAAGCUUUGCGUUCACUGAAAGGAGGUAACAGUUUGGAGUCUGAAGAAAUGUCUCAAGGAAAGAAGAAGAGGGUGAUGAAUGUUUACCAAGUAGUUGAUGGACAAAUCCAGCCAAUAGGAAAAACAAAGGAUCCAACUCCCUUCAAUCUCCCUAUACUAUCAGGAAAUGCCUACAUUGUGGUCAACCGAGGUUACAUUCGCAGUGUGUUGGAAGACAAGCGAAUAAAGGCCCUCAUUGAGUGGGCCAAAGACACCUACAGUCCUGAUGAGUUUCUGUGGGCAACAAUACAACGAAUGCCUGGUGUUCCUGGUUCAACAUGGCCCAACCGUAAAUUUGACAUGACAGACAUUAAUGCAAUUGCACGAAUGGUGAAGUGGCGUAUGCAUGAGGGGUCAGAGGAUUCUCUGCAAGCAGCAUACCCAGAAUGUAAAGGCCACCAUGUCAGAUCAAUAUGUGUGUAUGGUGCUGGAGACCUGCAGUGGUUGAUUGAACAGCAUCACCUUUUUGCCAAUAAGUUUGAUGCAGACAGAGAUCCCAUUGCUGUCCACUGCUUGGAGAAAUAUCUGAGAUACAAGGCACUGAUAGAGUUAGUUUAG